ACCUGGUGUUGAGCUGGGCUCUCUGCUGGUUCAAUGACCAGUUGUUGUCUGACCGCUCAAGUAGGUCCACCUCCUGUCCCCCAUAGCACUCAUUCCCCACUUUGACCUCUAACUUUCAGUUCCUGGAUUCCAUAUUGCUCUGAAAAUCCAACAGCAAAGUCGGAUUCGAGAUCUGAUAAAAAAAACGACUUGCCUACUACUCCUCUGUGAUUGGUUGAAUCGGUCGACAAUACAACAAUAAGGAUUGAAGAGUUUAGUUUUGGUGAAAACAUACACAUUUCAUAAGAAUUCCCCGGAUUUGAGAUCCUCGGAUACCAAAAAUGUCAGCGGACGAGGCCUUCGUUACCUUGGCGACCACGGAUGAGUACUGCAUGGGCGCGGCGGUGGUGGCGCGCAGCCUGCGGCGCCACGGGACGUCCCGCAGCAUCUUGGUGCUGAUCACCCCCGGGGUCUCCGCCGAGUCAAGGCGGACCCUUGAGCAGGUCUUUGACCGGGUGGUCCUGGUGGACGUUCUGGACAGCCGGGCCCGGGCCCACCUCUCCUGGCUGGGCCGUCCCGAGCUGGGAGUGACCUUCACUAAGCUCCACGCCUGGACCCUCACCCGCUACCACAAGUGUGUGUUCCUGGACGCAGACACCCUGGUGCGUACGAGAGCCCCUGAAAUUCCAUCUGGAGCAAAGUUCAGCCCCUCAAGCUCUGCCCCAAUACACCAACGGUCAAGUCUAGAGGAGGAGAUGGGGAAGCCGUCAGACACAGUGAUGGAGGAGGAGGUCACAGAGAAGUUUUCCAGGACAGUGGCUGUGACCAAGGCCACGACGGAGGCCGAGACGGAGGCUGGAACCGAGACAAAGGCUGAAGCGAUGGCCGAAACUGAGGCUAAAAUGGAGAUAGCGAUGGACGCUACAAUGAAGGCCGCGACAGGGGCUAAGAAAGAGGCUGCGACAGAGGCUAAGACCGAGGCCGAAGCGAAGGCUCCAACGGAGGCGGAGGCCGUGGCAGCGGCCCCGCAGCAGGAGCAACGGCAGCAGUGGGAGGCCGGCCGCCCAGACUACCUCGGCCAGGACGCCUUCCACAAAAUCCAGUGGAAGCUGGACCGCUUCCUGCAGUAG